AAAGGAAGGAAGAGGAACCAGCGAUGGAACGCGUUCCACUGACACAAAAUGAUAAAAGAGGCGUUAAUUUAGAAUUCCAGAUUUAACCUCGAGGAUAUUCCUAAAACCCGGAAUUAUCCAUCACCACCACCACCCUGUUCUGUGUUUUACCUUAAUUAACCAAACACAUGCAUUCUUUCCAUAUCCCUUCUCUCGAUUCAUAGUUCCAAUUUCCUUUUCCAUAACCAUUUUCUAUUUUCCUUUCCUCUCCUUAUUCCUCUUCUUCUCUUUUCUUCACUUUCUCUCUCCAUCCAUCCCUCCCUCCCUCCCUGGACCGAGUCACGCGGCGAGGAUCGGCAUGACUCGGCGGUGCUCCCACUGCAGCAACAACGGCCACAACUCCCGCACGUGCCCGUCGCGGGGGGUGGGCGCCGGCGUCAAGCUGUUCGGGGUGAGACUGACGGAUGGAUCAAUCAUAAAGAAAAGUGCCAGUAUGGGAAACCUUAACCUCGCCUCCACACACCACCAUUCUUCUCCCUCUUCCUCCAACCUCGCCGCCUCCUCUCCCAAUCCAAGCUCUCCCUGCUCCGACCCGCCUCAUGAGCCCCAAGGUUACUUGUCCGACGACCCCGCCCAUAUCUCCACCUUCGCUAACCGCCGCGGUGAAAGAAAAAAAGGUGUUGCGUGGACUGAAGAAGAGCAUAGGCUGUUCUUAAUUGGUCUGCAGAAGCUGGGCAAAGGAGACUGGCGUGGCAUAGCACGUAAUUUUGUCGUAACAAGGACCCCUACUCAAGUAGCAAGUCAUGCCCAGAAGUAUUUUAUCCGACAAAGUCAUGCUACCAGGAGAAAGAGACGUUCCAGCCUUUUUGACAUGGUUCCGGAUAUGACUUCAGAUCCACCUUCUGUGCCAGAAGAACAAGUUCUGCUUCCACCUUCUGAGAACUCGCAACCUUGUACUGGAAAAUCGCAGCCUUCACUAAAUCUCUCCCUCAAAUCAGAAUUUGAACCCAUGGAAACUUCUCAAGAAAACAUGGAACAGACCAAUGAAACUAUGAUGGGAUCAAACGGACUGACAUCAAUGGCUCCUCAUGGAUUCUUCCCCACUUAUUUACCUGUUCCAUUUCCCAUAUGGCCAUCAGCUGCAGCUCCUUUUGAAGAAGUUAAGGGAGGAGAGACAUCCCAUCAUCAGGUCCACAGGCCAAUCCCAGUCAUUGCCAAGGAACCUGUCAAUGUUGACGAACUCGUGGGAAUGUCUCAUCUCAGCAUUGGGGAAACACAGGUACGUGAUAGAGAGCCUUCCCCACUUUCCUUAAAGUUGUUAGGGGAACCCUCUAGGCAGUCAGCAUUCCAUGCAAAUGCUCCAGUUGGUGGUUCCGAUUUAAAAACUGGCAAGAACAAAGCAAUUCAAGCGGUUUGAGCUUUUAAGGUCUGGUGAAGAUAGCAGCAGAUCUUGUCAUGCAUUAGGAUAAAAUUUUGGCGGACAGAGGAAAAGUUGCCUUUAGUGGCCAUGCUUGUUGCUUUCAACAGUAUCGUCCACACAGUGGAUUCUGUAGAUGAUUAGUAGAAUUGAUGCUUUUGCAGAACAAGAAUAACCCCCUAAAGCCACUGAGAACUGAGAAAGCAACCUCAGCAAACCUCUCCAAGAUUGCAUCAAUUCCCACAGCCUUGAUUAUUCGACGAUGAGAAAAGGAAAGGAAAGGAAACAACUGCUAUGCUUUUUCAGGUGCUGUGAGUGUGUGACAUGAAAUCCAUCUGAGUCACUAUGUUCUGCUCCAAUCACGUCCCUUUCAAUGUCAUUGGAUCUUCCUCGAUCGCUUUAGGAAAUAGGAGAUACAGGCAGUGUUUUCUAGUGGUAUGAAAAUGAUCAUGAAAGCAGCACCCAAACAUGUUAAGAUUCUAACUUUGUGUUAUAGUUACUAAUUAAAGCUUAUUUUGUUUUGUCCA